AUGAAACCUCAUGUGAAUCACAAAGACUAUCCUAAAUGGAAAAGGGCUGAUUUCAUGGUUGUAAGCUGGAUCCUGAGCUCAAUGAAUCAUGAUUUAGCUGAUGAUUUUAGCUAUAUUGACAAUGCUGGUGAUCUGUGGUGUGAAUUAAAGGAAAGGUUUGGUCAAUCUAAUGGACCUUUGAUAUAUCAACUGAAAAAGGAAAUUGAAAAUCUAACUCAGCAGAAUAUGACUAUUGUCACUUACUAUGGCAAACUGAAGAAGUUGUGGGAUGAAAUGCAGAAUUUAAGAGCAUUUCCUACUUGCACAUGUGGUGCUAUGAUACAAUGUAGUUGCCAAUUUCUGAAAAAGAUUGUUGAAUUUGAAGAAGAGGAUAAGAUGAUGAAAUUUUUGCUAGGAUUAAAUGGAGGCUUUGAUAGCACUGUGACAAAUGUCCUUUCUAUGAAUCCAUUACCAAACAUUAAUAGAGUGUUUUCAAUCACUCAACAAACAGAAAAACAGAAGGAAUUGAGUGUAGCUGCUGUAGAGUGCAAUGCUAUGAUUAGUAGUGCUAUGGCUACUCAAGCUUACAGGGGAGGACAAAAUCAAUCUCAGAAGUAUACUAGUGGAUCAGGAAAGAAAGAUUGGAAAGAAAUCAAAAAGGAGAAAAUGAAUCGGAUUUGUAAUCAUUGCAAAGGCAAAGGUCAUACUGCUGAUCAGUGUUUCAAGCUCAUUGGCUACCCUGACUGGUACAACUCCAUCAAGGCUUCUAAAGGGAAAAUUUCCACUGGAAACAGGCUUGCAGCAAAUGUUGGUUACACUGCUGAUGAUACUGAUGAACCUUUGGGUAAUAUUGACAGUGAGAAUGGUAGGGUGAACAAUGAAAUGCUGAAUGCCACCUGUCAAGAAGUCAUGAAAGUGAUGAAAGGCAAACAAUCUCAAGGGACUGAAACAAGUGGAGCUCAUUGUUCCUUUGCCAAUUAUGCAGUUGGUUUACUUGAUGGAUCUCAACUAACAGUAGAUACCAUUGGUGAUACUACUUUGAACAAUAAAUUGGUGUUACAUAAUGUUCUGUUGGUCAAGGGUUUCAAACAUAACCUGUUAUCUGUUGGUAGACUGAUUGAACACACUGGUAUACAAGUUUUAUUCAAUGGCACUGGAUAUAUUUUCCAGGACCCUGCUAAUUCUGAGUUGCUUGGUGCUGGAAAAAGAAAGGGAGAGACCUGCUUCUGCAAGUAA